UUAGUACACAGUAAAAACAGCUUUAUUACACAAAUGUAUAACACGUUUUUGUAAUGUUUGUAUUAAAUUUUACAAACAUUUACUAACAUUUUUACAUAAUGACUAGGUACAGAAAUGGGACCAGUACAAUUUUGCAAGAUGCAUCAUUGAAACAUCAAUACAAUUUUUGGUACUAGGCAUAAUUUGGCCAACCAAUGCAAUAUGUACCUUCAUUUUACCAUAACAAAUGCUUCAAAAACUAUGCACACAAUGCAGUUACUAAUGGACUGUCAUAUGAUAUCAUUAAGAAUCAUUAUGACAGCUCUGGAAGAGUCGCAUGUUCCCAUGGACAUUACAACUUCUAUGAACACUAAUUACUGAUAACUAAUUUAAAUUUUUGUCCCUUGUUGAAAUUCUAAGGGAGCUUUAUCCUUUAUAAGUUCAUCCUGCAUCUCCUCAGCUAUCUUCCUAUAUUUUGCAGCAAGUUCUUCAUUCUUUUCUAUUCCCUCACCUCUCUUAUACAUUAGACUGACAUUAGCACAAGCUUGCAUUUCACCUAAUUCACACGCUCUUAAUGCAAACUUAUAUGCUUUUGACAUAUCCUUCUCAAUUUCUGCUUCUUUAACACCCGAGAUGAACAUGCCACUUAAAAAAAAGCAACAAUAAGCUCUCUUUCCUUCACAACACUUUUCUAAUAGAGUCAUUCCCAAUUUGGGGUCUCGGUCCUUCCGACAGUGUGAACCACGGUUAAUGUUCAUCAUUCCAGCAGAGAGACAACCACUUACAUCACCAAGUUCACAUGCUUUUAACAUGUAAUCAUAAGCCAGCUCCAAGUUAGGCUCUUUCAUUGCCUUCCCUAGAAGAUUGUAACUGCCAUACUUAUAGCAGCUUUUGCCAAAGUUAUAAUCAUCACAGUUUGAUUUAUAAACAAUAGAAGCUUUGCUGAAGUCUUUUUUUAUUGCAUCCAGAAAAUCACCAAGUAAAUGACACACUUCUGGUUUCUUUUCUUUGUAACACCCAAACCUGUACUCUAUGCCAAGGUUAUGGAUAUACUCCUUCACUUGUGAUUCGUCUUUUAAAUCAUAUGCCAUUGUAAGAAGCUAUAACUUUAACUUGAUGCCAAAAUUUCACAAAACAAUCAAUGAACGUAUUCGUACCUUUCUUGUCAAAGUCACACACUCAGCACACAACACGCUCACUACAUCGCCUGUUGCACAGUAUUGCUACCUGAUUGCUACAUGCGGAACGGCUCUGCACUUGUAUACCUGCUUUUAUACGUAUAUUAGUAUAGUUGCAGUCAGUAUAGCGAAUCAAGAACAGGGAAUAGGAAAACGUGCAGCCAAUCUGUUACGAGAAGUACAUGUGGUCAAGCAUUCGAAUAAAUUCUAAAUUUGGUACUCCUGAUCGGAGGCUGUACCUGUUGACAACAGAAAGUCGUUACAAAUUGUAAUCAAAUGAAGCGAGUUGUGAAGUAGAAUGCGCGGUGGUGGUAUCCCGAAGCAUUAUUUUGGGUUUGUGAAAUUUUCGCCGUGCGAAAAUUGAAAAUGUGUGACGUUCAAGCGUGAUCGAUUUGCAAUGAAUAGAAAACACUUGAUAGUGAUUAUGCCCUCUUCAGUGUAAAUAGGCUAUGGCAUAUUCGUGUGUGAAAGUACUAUUUGAAAUUGGGCAUGAAGCAUCAAUUAGAACAAAACGAACACCAGAAGGAUUUACUCAUGAUUGGGAAGUAUUUGUACGUGGAGCUGACAAUAGUGACAUUUUCCACUUUGUGGAUAAAGUAGUGUUUUAUUUACAUGAAACAUUUCCUAAACCAAAACGAGUGGUGAAGGAGCCACCAUACUCUGUGAAAGAAUCAGGGUAUGCUGGAUUUAACCUGCCAAUUGAUGUAUACUUCAAAAAUAGUGAUGAACCAAAAAAGGUUCGCUUCAAUUAUGAUCUUCAUUUACAACCCACUGGACCUCCGAUCAGCAAGGUUCUUCGUGAGCAGUAUGUUUUUCCCAAUCCAGCUGAGGAUUUGAGGCGCAGAUUAAUCAAAGGUGGUGGGGUUGGUGUUGGUUCCGAAUCCGGAUUUCAUUUAGCAGCUUCUGAAAAACAUCCUCCUCCUGCAUCUGAUGAUGGACCUGGCCACAAACAUCCUGUUCAGACUUUGGUAGGGAAGCCAAAACUUAGUGGAAAUGAUUCUGGCAAAAAACAUAAAGUGAAAGAAGGAAAAAGUGAUGAAUCCCGUGUGAGCAAUUCUUUUCAUGAUCUCUUUGGCCCUCCAAUCAAGACAGCAAAAGUUUCCCCAGAUCCAAAGAAAGCAUCAUCUCAUUCAUCUCCGAAAGUUUCUCCUGCGUCCAAGUCUUCAAAGCCGUUAGAUAAGUCAAGUGGUGAGAAAACAGAAAAAUCAAGCAAGUCAAGUAAACAUGCUUCUCAGCGAGAAGGAAAAGAUACCACAGAACGAAGCAGUAGUAGCAGUACAAAGGAGGAAAAAAAGGAGAAAGACAAAAAUAGAGACAAAGAGAAGAAUAAAGACAAGACUCCCAAAAGGCCAUCUACACCUGUGAAACCCCCAUCUACCCCACCUAAGCGUCCAUCCACUCCUCCUAAGAGGCCUCCAUCUCCAAAGAGACCCCCGUCACCAGCCAAACUGUUGGCUCCUCCUCCAUCAGCAAAGCUAACUACUUCUCCAAAACAUACAACCAGUGUUAAAGCUAGUAAGGAUGAAGCUAAAAAAGUUAGUAGUGAAGAUAGCAAAAACAGAAGUGAGACAAAGUCUAGUGAAAGUAAUAAAAGUGAAAAAAAGAAGAAGGAUAAAAAAAAUAGAGAUGAAAAACCAAAGAAAGACAAACAUAAAGACCAUGAAAAGAGUGGUGAUAAAGUUGCUAAGAGUGAAAAAUCAAAGGACUCAAAGGAUAAGGAUGUGAAUAAAAAAUUAGAGAAGGAGACAAUCAAAGAACCUGAGAAAUCUCGUGACAAAGAGAAAGAAAAAUCUAAACAUAGUGAAGGUGACAAGGAGAAACAAAGGCAUAAGCACAAAAAGAAGGAUAAAAGCAAUAAAGAUAGAGAUAGGGAUAAGGAGAGAGAUAAAGAUAAAAGCUCCAAGAAGAGUUCAGAAAGUAAGGUUACCGAAAUUCGGGACAAAGAUAAAAAUGGUCUGGCCAAUGAAUCGAGUCGAGGCAGCGCUGACACCACCAGUGAUAUUUCAGCUCCUCACAAGAAACAGGCAGCUUCAAGCCCAUCACCAAGCCCUAUUCGAAUAUCCUCUCCAAUGAAGCCUUCAUCAACACCUGAGAAGUCAGUUAGUAGUGUGCCACUGAAGGAUAAAAUUAAAAGGCCCCUUAUAUCUGAUGAUAGUAGUGACUCUCAUUCAUCUGCUUUGUCAGAUGAAGAUAUGGAACCUCCAGUGAGUAGGAUAAAACCAAUAAAGACGGAAAGUGGACAUGUGCCAGUGGAAAAUAAAACUUCUGUGUUACCCACAACUGAACCUCCAAGACCAAACAGCAGGAGUGAAAUUUUAAAACCUAAGUCAGAAAACACAAGCCAGGAGAGAAAUAGUCUGAAUAAAAGUAGCAGUAAACAAAAAGAGAAAAGCUCGAAAAAAAAUAAAGAGCGGGAAUCAGGUAGCGGUGAUGGGGAAAAGCCAGAGAAAGACAGUAAAAAGAAUAAAAGGAAGAGAAGUAGUCGAAUUGUGGAAGAUGUAGAUUGUUCACGAAACAAUGGUGAAGCUCCAUUAAAAAUACCGAAACUGGAAAUAGAAUCUGAAGAACUUCCAUUAGAAGCAGAACAAAUGGAAGAAAAGGCAGCUGUGGAAGAAAUGGAAAUUAAAGAAGAAUCUGAACCUGAAGAUCCUCCUCCUUCAACAACAUCUCACCUUACAGAAGAAUAUGUUUCACAGCUUCGUGAGCUGCAGCACAAGAUCAUGACAUUAGAAGACAAUACAGAACUUCAACGAGUAGUGCAGGUUAUUGCAGAAACGGGCCAGUACGAAAUCACCAAGAAGACUUUCGACUUUGAUCUGUGUGCCCUGGACAGGAGUACAGUUGAGAGGCUUCAAGAAUUUUUUGCACCUUCUUGACAUACAGAUCAGACUGUAAUGAGUGAAGGUUUUGGCGCUACCUGAUUAAUAUAUAAUUGUACUACAUAUGUUGAUCAAAUUUGGCCUUUUUGUACGUGUGAUGACAGAAUGACAGAUUGUGAUAAGCUUUCCACAUUAUGAUUGGUUGUGGAAAAAUCUUGAGACGUGCCACAGGCAUAAUGUUUAUAUCCCUAAACAUGUGUUAGGAUAAUUUUAUCUAAUACACUUUUCGAUCUUGAAUUGAUAAAUUAGUAAUUUCUUAUAUACAUCCAUGAAGAUGUUAAUAUCUUCUGAUAAGAAAAUUUAUUUAAUCAAUGUUUUCAAUUUUUUGUCAUUUUGUUAUUUCUAAUUUCAAUAUCCUUGAAGAUAAUGUGAUUAAUUGCUAUUUGUAGUUGUUUUGAUUAAAUGUUUUUGAAUAUUUUGUUACGUUUUGUUUCUGCAUCUUUCAAAUUGAUGAUGUUGCUUCUAAAAUAGAUGCUGAUAAUAUGUACAGUUUUACUUCAUUUCUGUGCAUUCAUUACCAAAAAAAAUUUAUUGAUCUGCAGUUUCUCAACAAAUGACAAAAAUCAUGAUUUUAUUUUAUUGUUGAGGUAAAGAUAUUAUCUCAUUCGUGUGUUUUGGGAUAUGACAAAUUAGAAGCCUUCUUUUACAACGUUGCAAUACUUGUUUGAAUGUUAAAAAGUACAGAAGUACUUGUACUUGCAAAGUACCAUGUUAUAAAUCUGUGUGAAUGAUUAUAUUAUUUAAAUGUUAUUAUGAAUAUUGUGUUUAGUAUUUUGUUGUCCUGCUUGUUUUGAGUUUUUAUUGUAGUUUUAUUUGAAAGAUCUCGCUAUUACAUUAGCUAAUGUACGCUGCUUUGCACUUGUGGACUGAUGUGCAUAAUUGUUAUUGAUUUUGAAUGUGAGGAAAAUAUGAAUUAUAACUGAUGGCAUCUAUGAAUAGUCCAUAUUUUGACAGUAUGUAUGUGGUAUCAUGUAUUACAGUUUCAGAUGUAAAUAAAUCUUGAUAUUUGCCAUUGGGAAAAGAUACUGAUAUAUUUAUAUAUAUUGCAUUAGGGACAUUUAUGUCUGGUGGUUUCUUUAGUGAACAAAGCUGACCAGAAAUGAUAUUUUAUUGUGUAAAAACUAUUAUUUAGUUAAUAAAGCAUUUGUCAUUGAUUCUGAUUAGAAGUAAGUUAUGAACAUAAUACUUUGAUUUAACUUUUCAACUUGGAGAACUUGAAAUAAAUGACUGAAUGAACUAGGAUAAUUAUAAUAUUUAACUUGUUCAUGUGGACUGAUAUUCUUGAGUUCCUUAAUUGAUUAGAACUGUUGCAGGAUUUUAAUCAACUUAUUCCACUCGUUUCUUUUGAGUGGUGAAAUAUGACAAAAUAUCCUGGUCAGCUACAGCAAUGACAUACUGAUGUCCAGCAAGCCACUGCCUUGUGGUAUGAAAGAGAAUAAAAAAAUUGUAACAGUAUCUUGCAGUAAGCCUCACAUCUCUAUUGACUUAAUGUAUAUUGUCUUGUUUUGUUUACAAUUUCCAAGAGUAAAUUAAAUAUUUAUAUUUGUGUGUUUAUAGAAAAUUCAAAGCAUAAUACUGCUUUGAAUUGGACCUUCCUUUUCCUUAAAAAAUAUAAUAAUAAUAAAUAAUUUCUCCAGACAUGAUUGGUAUUUUGGAUUUAUUUUCAUAAAAAUUUGUUUUUAACCAGUUAGAAUCAAAUGUGGUGACCAUUUUCAAAAAAUUUCAAUUUUUUAAAAACUUUUUGAAUGGAUCUACUGCAUUGUAUUUCAUAAACAGUUGUGUUUACAUUCCAUUUUAGGCAUUAUUUGUGGAGCACUGGUCUGGGCAUGCAGUAUGUUUGAUAUCAGUACAAAAUGUAUAAUACAUAGAUUUGUUUCUGUGUUGACUUGUACCCGUAUCAUCACAAAGUGCACUGCAAGUUUGAUAGUGUGAUAAAUUGUAAACUUAUUGAGUGCACUACAAUUUUUUUUGUUAUUAACACACUUUUGUUGUCUCUUCUUUCUUAUUUUCACCAUUCAAAGCUUAACUCUUGUAAAUAAUAGUGUGCUUGAAGAGUCAGGCAGAAUAGAGAAUAGGUGUUUCAUUAACUUAGUUUACUCUAGCAUUUGUAUGAGAAUGCUUAUUCGUGUUUUGCAUGUAUUUAAAAAGAAAUUAAAAUUGUAUGUGAUUUCAUUGUUUUUGUUUUGAAUUUUAUAAACUUUUACAUUUGUAUAUUUUUGCUGUAAUUGUUUUGUUUGGUUUUUCAUCUGGUCUUAUUAUGGUGUGUUAUUUCAGAAUCUUUUGUACUGGCACUAUUGUAGUAAAAAUGAGCAUAACAAUUUGAUAAAGAAUGAGAGAACAACAUAAAAUUGAUUUUUGAGAAUGUUCAAUGAUGUGGCAAUAGUCUUAAACCACAUCAGAACUACAGAACAGUGUCACACUGUUUUGAAAGAUUCUGACUGAUAUUGAAACUGAGCUAAAUGCCAUUGUUUUCCUGUAUAAAGAACAUUUUGCCAUGGAUAAAUUUGUUUUGAAACAUAAGUGCAUUAAAAAAUCACGAUACCAUGCAAUUGGUGCAUUAUAGAAUUUGCAAGACUUAAAAUGAAGUAUAUAUGAUAAAUGUGUCAAAGAAGUUGUUAAAAUACAAACGAAUAAUUUUUUGUAGAUAUUACAUAGUGAAAAGAAAAUAAAAUUAUUCAAGAA